AUUACGUUAUCUCUCCGGAUUUGGUAAUAAUCCAGCUGUUUCUUUUACCUUAUCUCUCCGGAUUUUCCCUUCAAAAUCAACAAAAACACACACUUUUCCAACAAAACUCAAGAUCAAAGAAAUGAAUUGAAUCUUCAAACCCAGAAAAAUUUCUCAAUUAAUUUGAAGAAUAUAUAACAAGUAAGAAGAAAAAUGUCGUGCAUUUAUGGUGGAAGUUGUACUGUAUCUUCAUUCUCUGCUCAUUCCAUUUCCCAUUCAAGACUUUCAUCUUCAUCAAAUUCUAGACCUUUUUCAAUUCAAUGUUCUACUGGAGGUUUAGUAGCAGAGUCAAAGGGUACAAGUACUGCUGAACCCUUGUUGUUAAAUGCUGUGAAAGGGUUGGAUGUUGAAAGACCUCCAGUUUGGUUGAUGAGGCAAGCUGGGAGAUACAUGAAGAGUUACCAAGUUCUCUGUGAGAAGUAUCCUUCAUUCCGUCAAAGAUCAGAAAAUGUUGAUCUUGUUGUUGAAAUAUCCUUGCAACCAUGGAAAGUUUUCAAACCUGAUGGAGUUAUAUUGUUUUCAGACAUUUUAACCCCACUCGCUGGAAUGAACAUACCUUUUGACAUAGUGAAAGGAAAGGGUCCGAUUAUAUUUGAUCCUCUACGCACCCAGAAAGAUGUUGAUCAGGUUAGGGAGUUUGACCCUGAGGAGUCAGUUCCAUAUGUUGGGGAAGCCUUAACAAUUUUGCGAAAAGAGGUGAACAAUGAGGCCGCAGUUCUCGGUUUUGUUGGUGCUCCUUUUACCCUAGCAUCAUAUGUAGUUGAAGGUGGUUCAUCAAAGCACUUCAGCAAAAUUAAGAGACUGGCUUUUUCUGAACCUAAGGUUCUGCAUGCUCUUCUUCAAAAAUUCGCAACAUCUAUGGCAAAGUAUGUCAAGUAUCAAGCUGAUAAUGGUGCACAGGCUGUUCAGAUCUUUGAUUCAUGGGCAACUGAGCUCAGUCCAGUUGACUUUGAAGAGUUCAGUUUACCAUACUUGAAGCAGAUAGUUGAUUCUGUGAAGCAAACCCAUCCAAAUCUACCUAUUAUACUCUAUGCUAGCGGCUCAGGUGGUUUGUUAGAGAGACUGCCCUUAACAGGUGUUGAUGUUGUGAGCUUGGAUUGGACAGUAGACAUGGCGGAAGGUAGGAGGCGAUUAGGAUCUGACAUUGCAGUUCAGGGCAAUGUCGACCCGGGUGUGCUUUUUGGCUCGAAAGAAUUCAUAACAAGCCGGAUAAUGGAUACUGUGAAGAAAGCUGGGAGAGGAAAACACAUUCUAAAUCUCGGUCAUGGGAUUGUUGUAGGUACACCGGAGGAGAAUGUCGCUCAUUUUUUCGAGGUUGCCAAGGGUAUUAGAUAUUGAUUGCCAGGGUAACCCUUUUGAGUAAUUAUUCUUUCAUCUCUGCUGAGCAAGUAUACCACUUAAAUGAGUUUAUGUAAUAUUUGUGUGCACGAUUGAAGAUUUUGUAUAAUUUUUGACAGUCAUAAAUCAUAAUUAUGAUAAUAUCUCUGGCCUAAAUAUCAGCCAUUUGAAA